GGGUGACAUCUUAGAACAGGCGAGGUGUGGAUUUGUCUUUUCAUGUUCCCAAAAAACCGGUCUAUCAUGAGUAACUCAAAGUGGUAAACUACCUAGAAAAUGACCGACGAGCUAAGAGAAUAGUUGUUCGUCCUUUUUCAUUCGGGAUUAUCUGAGCACAUUUCAUGUUGCCGUGUAAACCGAAGAACAAUGACGGAGGUGCUGCAGGUCCAUCAGCAACAGCCAGCGACAGAGAGAAACGCAGACAUUGGUAUCGUUGUUGAGGCAGAGACGCAGUGCCAAGAACACACGGAGACUAAGACAGAGCCUGUGAUAGAUAUUGUGAUAAACAAUGUUGUGUGUUCCUUUAACACAAGGUGUCAUCUGAACCUGAGGAAGAUAGCGACAGAGGGGAUCAAUGUUGAAUACAAGAGGGAGAAUGGGAUGGUGUCAAUGAAGAUAAGGCAUCCAAAAGCCACUGCCAGUAUUUGGUCAUCAGGAAAGAUAACAUGUACUGGAGCCACAAGUGAAGAGGAAGCAAAGAAGGCUGGUAGGAAGGUGGCGAGGGCAUUGCAGAAGUUGGGCUUCAACGUCAAGUUUGCUAGUUUCAGGGUUGUCAACGUACUGGCCACCUGCAUCUUACCCUUCGCAAUCAGGAUUCAAACUUUCUCAGAUGAAAACAGAAAUAACGCCAGUUAUGAACCGGAACUGCACCCAGGAGUUACGUACAAAAUAAAAGAUCCAAAGGCAACAUUAAAAGUGUUUUCCACAGGGAGUAUAACUGUUACAGCUCCCCGUGUUUCCAAUGUGCAGUCUGCCAUCGAACAUGUUUAUCCUCUGGUCUACGAGCACAAAAUGUACAAGCCUCCUUCCUCUGUAAAGACUCUCCCAGAAGCUGCAGUGGAAGUAUCAGGCCCCACUAAAAUAAAGCGGAAGAAACCAAAAAUUACAAAAUCAAUAGACUUGGAUGAGGAAGAUGAGUGCAGCUCAUUUGAGUCAAGUGGUGACGAAAGUUACAGCUCAGAUGCCAGUUUUGACUGAAGAGUUUCAGAAAUGGAAUUGAUUAAAGGCCCCACUAACUACUCCCAGGGUCAAGUGUGGCGACCCACUACAAAGUUUGCCAUGUAAUAGACACUAAAUAGAUAUCUCGUGGGGAAGUAUUCAAGUGGGUCGGCCAUAUUUGACCCUUGGACUAGUUAGUACCCUAUUCUGAAUGGGGCCAUGCAUUGAUGUUACUUUUUCUCUCACUUGGUAUAUGACUUGUUUUUGACUCCAAUGUUCAUCACAUUGAACCAUAGUUGGAACUAAUGCAGCAAAAACGAUGCAGUAGAACUUACUGUCAAACACUAUUGUUACUAUAAAUGUAAAAGAUAAGAGAUUUUGAAUUAAAAAGUGGAUUUCUUCAAUCAUUUUUCCCAGUAUGAAUGGUCAUACUGUUUGAAUACAGCUUCAUUACUGAUUUACAGUUGAAAUAUUUAAAAUGGAAGGAAAGCUAACACUGCUUGAAGUUAAAGGAUAGAAGGCCAAGGGUAUAUUCCAGCUUUAAACUUUACAAGUAUACAAAGCAAGUAUGAUUAGAAUGUACAAAAUCUCAUUGAUCUCAGAAAGAAACAGAUGUUAUUAAACAUCCCCCUGAAAGUAGUUUUAUUAAGCAAUGUUGUGUGAAUGAAGUCGGAGGUGUAGGUGCCUUGCCACACCUGUUUAUAAGGUGAGGGUGGACAGGCUCUGGGACAAAUAUAAUGUAAGCAGUUCUUUUGGAGGUAAAUUAAUGGCAGGUAAUGUGCUGCAAAUCACUGGUAUACUUUCACCCUCCUCUCAUGUUGUAUUUCAUUAUAUCAAUUGUUAGAUGAUUGUUAGGCACAAUUCGUACUGUUAUCUCGUGCCAAUUAGCAACUGUUUCAGUUUCAAGGUCAUUUUUGUUUGUUAUUUGAGAGGUCAUCAACCUUUUCAUUGUGUAAGUUUCUACUUUUGUAUA